UACACACGCACAGAGAUACUGUGUGAACUGUGAAGAGAGCAGCUGCAGGGAUGAAGUUCACCGCAUGGCUCUAGGUGCAAGGGGCAUAACGAUCUCAAGGCAUGUACCGGAGCUUAUAGCUUAUCGGUCCUGACGGGACUAGGGGGAGGGAUGGAGAGAUCCAGAGCAAGGCGGAGAUUCGAGAGGGGGGAGAGGAUUGAAGCGCAGGAGGAAGAGGGGAGGGAGGAGAGGAGGAGGAGAGGGGGGAGGAGAGGAAUGGAGGACAGGAGCGGAAGGGCAGGUAGGGUGACUUAUAAGAAGAAUGCCAUGGACGACUUUUUUUUUUUCCUUUCACUACCCUUCCCAAGACAAAAAGAGACAGAGCGGAACGUCCAAGAACAGGACCAAGAGACCGGUUGGUCUUGUCUUGUCCCAGGACAAAUGCAGCGGAAGGGAGGGGGGGGGGAUAGAGUAGUUCUGGUUCUGGUCUGCUUUUUCGCCGCCAAGACGCCCAGCUGCCGAGCCCUUGGCAUGGGCAACGUCAAGAGAGUGUCACGGCCAACACCAUGGCGUGCGAGGUCCCAAGGAUUUCUCGAAGGUUGAAAGGGGGAGAUUUUCUCCCCCCUCGGGUUCGGAGAGCGGAGGGAAGGAAUGGGGUGCUAGGCUGAGGAGCCUUGAGAAGUGAAAAGGAGCUACCGGAAGGGACGAGUAGCGGGGGGAGAGAGAGAGGGAUCGGGGGUCGGGGAUAAAGUUGAAGAUAACCACUGAUUAAAGUGAAAGGGAAAAGAAAUGAAGGGAGGAAAAGGAGGACAGA